AGGACAAGGGUGAUCUAACCAGUCGGACUGGUGCAGACAUUGCUGCUCUUUCAACUCAGAGCUCUCAGGGACACAGGGUCCAAGGGAAAUAAAAACACAGGGUGUCUUUGUUAGGCCAGAUAUUCCUUUGCUGUAAGCAUUGCCAAGAUGAGAUUGCACAUGACGGAAUUCAUCUUCACCCUCUUUCUUUUAGCUGGAACUGCAGUUUCAAUAGACUUUGUGCAUCAUCGGUAUUCGGAAAUGGUACAGGUCCUCUUCAGAGUGCAGAACGAUUGUCCAUACAUCACUAGGAUUUACAGCAUUGGCCACAGUGUUCAAAGAAGACAGCUCUAUGUCUUGGAAUUUAGUGAUAACCCAGGAAUCCAUGAGCCUUUGGAGCCUGAAUUCAAAUAUGUUGGAAACAUGCAUGGGAAUGAAGUUCUAGGAAGAGAACUACUGUUGCAGCUGGCUGAAUUCCUGUGUGAGGAAUAUCGAAUGGGAAAUGAACGCAUUACUCGGCUUAUCCAGGAGACACGAAUACACAUCAUGCCAUCCAUGAACCCUGACGGCUACGAAGUGGCUGCAGAUCAGGGCCCAGAUGCUAACGGUUACCUGACUGGGAGAAACAACGUCCAUUAUAUUGACCUGAAUAGGAACUUUCCAGAUCUUAACUCUGUGCUGUACUACAAUGAAAAAAAUGGAGGACCCAACCAUCACAUCCAGCUGCCAGACAACUGGGAGAAAACGGUCGAGCCAGAGACUCGAGCUGUGAUCAAAUGGAUGCAGAGUUAUAAUUUUGUUCUGUCUGCCAACCUUCAUGGAGGCGCUGUAGUCGCCAACUACCCUUUCGACAAGUCUCGAGAGCGUGUUCGUUAUCCAAAGACAAGCUAUGCUGCCACCCCAGAUGAUUCACUCUUUCAAAAGUUAGCCAAAACCUAUUCCUUCGCACAUGGCUGGAUGCACCAAGGUUGGAACUGUGGAGAUUACUUUGAGAAUGGUAUUACAAACGGGGCGCGCUGGUAUUCUCUGUCAAAAGGGAUGCAGGAUUUUAAUUACCUUCAUACAAACUGCUUUGAGAUUACGUUGGAGCUGAGUUGCAACAAGUUUCCUCGAACGGAGCAAUUGGAACACGAAUGGCUAGCAAAUCGUGAGGCCCUCAUCUCGUACCUUGAGGAGAUUCACCAGGGGAUCAAAGGAAUGGUAUAUGAUGAAAACAACAAUGUUAUUGGAGGUGCCGUGAUCUCAGUAAAAGAAAUUCACCACGAUAUUACAUCUGGCAUGGAAGGGGAUUAUUUUCGACUACUCCUGCCUGGUACAUAUACCGUCACUGCCUCAGCACCUGGAUACUACAGCAAAACUGAAAGUGUGACAGUUGGGCCUGCAGGACCCACACAGGUAAAUUUCCACCUGAAAGAAGUGAAAUGCCUACCAAAAGAAGGACACACAUGCUUAAAACAGAUCGACAAGAAAAUAUUCCCCCGAUCAGUAACUGACAGCUAAUAUCUCUAAAACUGGAAAGGAUAUUGGAAAAAAAAGUGUCUCUCAGUACAGGACUUAAGAGACAGUCUUUGCUAAAAAUUACUACACUGUUUAAUUAAUUAAGAUGAAAUGGCUACAGAUGUUUGUAUUUUAAAAACUAUUUACUAUUUUGCACAUUGUGAAUGGUACCAUGAAUGCUUGACUAGUACUACAUUUUGGGGUUUUACACUACAUGUAAAUAAGCAAAGUGUCACAGCCAUUAAUGAGUGAAUAUUUAUGGCCUAACAAAUGUAUAUAUUUGCACAUUUAAGUAUGAAGAAACUACAGAGUGAGACAGACGGACAGUACUGGUCAGACUUAGAGAACUUUGACUGCAUUAAGUGAAGAAUAUUUAUUAGGAUGGUAGGUAGAACAAACCAAAUGUGAAACAGCAAAUUGACUGAAAGAGAGUUAAUACUGAUUUGUUAAUUUUUAUCUGACUAGAAGGAUAUAUUUAAUUCAUGAGAGGGUUAACAUCUGAUAUUCUAGACAUUUUUGUUUUCAACUGGUCUAUUAUCGGUUUACUAUUAAAAUUUCGAACGGCACUCCGUCGACUGUGCUAUAGUCGGCAACGGAAGUUCGAAAACGUCGAA